AUGGAUACAAAUGAUAAUGAUAGCGAUAGAGAAAUCUCUGGUGCGUCUAUCUCAGAACUGCUAUUAACAGCCCUACUUUUCCAUGUAGCUACUUUUUUAAUAGGAAUGAUACCCUUAAUGUUUUAUAAAAAAUGGAAAGAACAACAAUAUAAUCCUAAUUCAAAAAUUAAUUUUAUUUUCAAGUAUUUAUCGCAGUUUGGCAUUGGUAUGCUAUUGGGUACAUCAUUCAUGCUCGUCAUCCCAGAAGGUGUUUAUAGUGUGAUUGAAAAUGGUGGUAAUGUCGGUUUAAAUAUAUUGACUGGGUUUUUGAUAGUCUAUCUCUUAGAUAAUUUGGUUGUUCACCGUAUAAUAAAAAAUAGGAAAAUAAAUACUGAACUGAUUCCUGACGCUGAAUCAUCCUUUUCUUCCUUUCAAAUAGAAGAUGACAACUUUCAAAAAAAAAGAUUAAACAGCUACUUUGAUGCAAUAAAUUUUUGGAAAAGUAUGCCAAUUAUUUUAGAGAAUAAUGUUGUUUUUGCAUUGGUGAUACAUGGAAUUUCUGACGGUGUUUCACUUGGAGCUGCAACCACUACACAAUCAUUAAAAUUCGUGAUGUAUAUUGCAAUUAUCAUUCAUAAAAUCCCUGCAGUUUUAUCAUUAACCAGCUUAAUGAUAUCCAAACAGAAAUUACCGUAUUUAGAAAUAGUUUCGAAUUUAUGGGCAUUUGCGUUUUCUACUCCUUUAGGAUACCUUAUUGUUGGUGGAUUUUGCAGUGUGGUUAAAAACAAUGGAUUUAUGACAUGGUUUGCGGCUGACUUGUUGUUAAUUAGUGGCGGUAGCUUAUUGUAUGCUUCUUUUACAGCAUUCUCUGGCAAUGAAGAGGUGGAAAUUAGUUCCCAAGAGAGUUACGAUCCUAAUAACGUUUCAGAAAUGGAUUUUCAGGGUAAUGCUGAGGAAAAAGCUGAUACCGAUCAUGGACUUGAUGCAUUGUUUGUUUGUAUUGGGACCAGUAUCCCUACAAUUAUAUCCUUUUUCAUUAAGGAAGAUUAA